GCGGCGGCAUUAAACGGUUGCCGGCGCCGCUCACGGGUCGCGGUCCUUGUGGGUCUGAGUCCUCCGUGGAGCCCGCCGCGUACGGCCGCCCGUCUUGAGCUUCGCGUCGGCCACGACCUUGCGACCCCGCCACCAUGUUUGAGGCACGCCUGGUACAGGGCUCCAUCUUGAAGAAGGUGCUGGAAGCGCUCAAGGACCUCAUCAACGAGGCCUGCUGGGACAUCAGCUCGGGCGGCGUGAACCUGCAGAGCAUGGACUCGUCCCACGUCUCGCUGGUGCAGCUCACCCUGCGCUCCGAGGGCUUCGACACGUACCGCUGCGACCGCAACCUGGCCAUGGGCGUGAACCUGACCAGCAUGUCCAAGAUCCUGAAAUGCGCUGGGAACGAGGACAUCAUCACCCUGAGGGCCGAGGACAAUGCCGACACCUUGGCGCUGGUGUUCGAAGCCCCGAAUCAGGAGAAAGUUUCAGACUAUGAAAUGAAAUUAAUGGAUUUAGAUGUCGAACAGCUGGGAAUCCCUGAACAAGAGUACAGCUGUGUAGUAAAAAUGCCAUCGGGUGAAUUUGCACGCAUAUGCCGAGACUUGAGCCAUAUUGGAGACGCUGUUGUAAUAUCCUGUGCAAAAGAUGGGGUGAAGUUUUCUGCCAGUGGAGAACUGGGAAAUGGAAACAUCAAGUUGUCGCAAACAAGUAAUGUCGAUAAAGAAGAAGAAGCUGUGUCCAUCGAGAUGAACGAGCCAGUGCAGCUAACUUUUGCACUGAGGUACCUGAACUUCUUCACAAAAGCAACUCCACUUUCUCCUACAGUAACGCUCAGCAUGUCGGCAGAUGUUCCCCUUGUUGUAGAAUAUAAAAUUGCUGACAUGGGACAUCUUAAGUAUUACUUGGCCCCCAAGAUCGAGGAUGAAGAAGGGUCUUAGGCAUGAAAAACCCAACAAGAUAAACCGAGCUCUUUGAGAAGUGCUUCUGAGAUGCCAGUGGCCUGGAGCCUUUCCUUUCGCCAGAUGUGUAACUUUCUGAGUACAUAUGUAGAUAUUUCCUGUAAAUAACCUAUUUCCCUUCAUUUUCUACAAUUUGUUUAAAAUCCAAAGUCAAAUCUGAUCUUGUUAACUUAGAAAUACCUCUGCCUUACUUAGAAAUGCUCGUAAUUUUUGUAACAAGGGUCUAAAAUCUGAAUGCAGUUUAAGAUUGCUCAAUUUAAAUAAAGUUACCUGAAUUGCAA